AUGUUGAGAGCAGAGCGUGUGGAGGCAGAGCGGCGUGGAGCAGAGGCAGAGUGGCGUGGAGUGUGGAGGCAGAGUGGUGUGGAGGCAGAAGUGGCAUGGAGGCAGAAUGGUGUGGAGGCAGAAUGGUGUGGAGGCAGAAUGGUGUGGAGGCAGAUGGGUGUGGAGGCAGAGGCAGAGGUAGAUGGAGGUUGGAGUGAUUGGUCUAAUUGGUCUGAGUGCGGAGUGGACUGUUCCAUGUGGCGCAGUAGAGAGUGUACCCAGCCCUCGCCUGGCACCGGGGGCAAAGACUGCCAGGGCAUCGACCUCCAGUCACUCAACUGUACCAGCCAACAGUGUCUACAGACUGCCAAUGGAGUUGAGGAUGUGGCCCUGUAUGUGGGUAUUGUAGCCGUAGCUCUCUGUCUGACCCUCAUCCUCAUCGUGGUGGUCCUGGUCUACCGCCGUAAGAAGGAGGGUCUGGACGCUGACGUAGCGGACUCGUCCAUCCUGACCACGGGCUUCCAGCCUAUGGGCAUCAAGCCUAGCAAGCCAGGUGUGUGGGCACCUCGGCACCGGGCCCCCCGCCCCCCUGGCCCCCGCCCUGAGAACUCCCAUCUGCUUACCAUCCAGCCUGACCUAACCACCACGACCACCAGCUACCAAGGAACCCUGCACUCACGUCACGACGGCACCACACACACCGGCACCUCUAAGUUCUCAAUGACCAACGGUCCGCUUCUGGACCCCCUACCCAACGGGUCGCACCACACCUUACACAACGGGAAGAUGACCUCUGACCCUGCGGAGUUUAUGACACGGCUGUCCAAUCAGACGUACUUCAAGACGUUGCCGCGGGACGUGGCUAACACCUCGUAUGGGACAUUCAACUUCCUGGGGGGUAGACUCACCAUCCCCAACACAGGCAUCAGCCUGCUGAUCCCUCCAGAGGCCAUCCCCAGGGGAAAGAUCUAUGAGAUAUAUCUCACCGCUCAGAGGAAAGAAGAUUUAAGGUUACCCCUGGCGGGCUGCCAGACCCUGCUUAGUCCCAUAGUGAGCUGUGGUCCUCCAGGGGUGGUUCUGACGCGGCCCACAAUUCUUAGCAUGGACCAUUGUUCUGACGCCUGUCCUGAGAACUGGGCCAUCAGGCUGAAGAAACAGAACUACGAAGGCGUCUGGGAGGACGUCUUGAUGAUGGGGGAGGAGUUGAUCUCGGAGCCGUAUUACUGUCAGUUGGAGGCAGAGACGUGCAGAGUGUUCUCGGAGCAGUUGGGUCGUUUCUCUCUGGUGGGAGAAUCUCUAAACAUGUCCGCAGCUAAGCGUCUCCGCCUGGUGCUCUUCUCUGACGCAUACUGCUCUACCCUAGAGUAUAACAUCAGAGUCUACUGCAUGGAUGAUACACAAGAUGUCUUCAAGGAGGUGAUGCAGAUGGAGAGACAGCUAGGUGGUCGUCUGAUUGAUGAGCCCCACGUCCUACUGUUUAAAGACAGCUACCACAACCUGCGCCUCUCCAUCCACGACAUGCCCCAGGCACACUGGAGAAGCAAACUACUGGCCGGGUACCAGGAGAUCCCGUUCUACCACAUCUGGAACGGUUCCCAGCGGUUCCUCCACUGUACCUUCACCCUGGAGCGGCUCAACCUCAGUACCUGUGAGCUCACCUGUCAGCUGUGUGUCUGGCAGGUAGAGGGGGAGGGACAGAGCUUUAGCCUCGACUUCAACAUCGCCAAGGACAGUCGACCCCUGGACCCGGAGUUCCUGCUGAUGGACAAUAACCCUAGCGGCUCAGCUCUAGCAGGACCCAGUGCUUUCCAGAUCCCCUAUCUCAUCAGGCAGAAGAUCUGCAGCAGCCUGGAUACACCUUGUCCCAACGGGGCCGAUUGGAGACUGUUGGCCCAGAGACUCAAACUGGACAGAACAGUGUGGUGUGAAAGGCUGUUUCUGCAGUACACCAGCUACUGUAAGCUGAUGUUUCACCCUUUUACUACCAUCACUGUCUUAGCUGUGGCCCUGUUAGCUGUGGCCCUGUUAGCUGUGGCCCUGUUAGCUGUGGCCCUGUUAGCUGUGGCCCUGCUAGCUGUGGCCCUGUUAGCUGUGGCCCUGUUAGCUGUGGCCCUGCUCGUUGUGGCCCUGCUCGUUGUGGCCCUGUUAGCUGUGGCCCUGUUAGCUGUGGCCCUGUUAGCUGUGGCCCUGCUAGUCGUGGCCUUGCUAGUUGUGGCCCUGUUAGCUGUGGCCCUGUUAGCUGUGGCCCUGUUAGCUGUGGCCCUGUUAGCUGUGGCCCUGCUAGCUGUGGCCCUGGUAGCUGUGGCCCUGUUAGUUGUGGCCCUGUUAGUUGUGGCCCUGUUAGCUGUGGCCCUGCUAGCUGUGGCCCUGUUAGUUGUGGCCCUGUUAGCCGUGGCCCUGUUAGCCGUGGCCCUGUUAGUUGUGGCCCUGUUAGCUGUGGCCCUGUUAGUUGUGGCCCUGUUAGUUGUGGCCCUGUUAGUUGUGGCCCCGUUAGCUGUGGCCCCGUUAGCUGUGGCCCUGUUAGUUGUGGCCCUGUUAGCUGAGGCCCUGUUAGCUGUGGCCCUGUUAGCUGUGGCCCUGUUAGCUGAGGCCCUGUUAGCUGUGGCCCUGUUAGCUGAGGCCCUGUUAGCUGUGGCCCUGGUAGCUGUGGCCCUGUUAGCUGAGGCCCGGUUAGCUGAGGCCCGGUUAGCUGAGGCCCGGUUAGCUGAGGCCCUGUUAGUUGUGGCCCUGUUAUCCGUGGCCCUGUUAGCUGAGGCCCUGUUAGCUGUGGCCCUGUUAGCUGAGGCCCUGUUAGCUGUGGCCCUGUUAGCUGAAGGUGGUGUGGAAGGCCUCACCCCCCCCCUCAUCUUGAAGUGGCAUAUGAGUUUCUUUGCGUCCAAGGCGAGUCCCACCAGUGUGAUUCUGGAUCUGUGGGAGGCCCAACACUUCCACAGUGGAAACCUGAACCAGCUGGCCACCGUCAUGGCCGACAUUGGCAAACAGGAAGCUAUGAUUUUCCUGGUCUCAGACGGAGAGUGCUAG